AGCUUACUUAGUCCAGAGUCAGCACAUUGAAGAGACCGUUUUGGUCAAAGAGGGAAAACAAACUAUAGGAAUGGACUUGGACACCAUGACAGACAAAAAACUCCAUAUAUGAAACACCUAGAGGCUAAUGACUACCACCUUAAACGGAACGUGACCUGAAUUAACACUCCAAUCAGCAGUUUUACCGUUUAGCAGUGCGUAGGGCCUAGCCAAGGGACGGACCUAUAUCUACAGCAGAUAUGGAGACUUUCAUCCGUAUUUUUCUCAGCUGGACCAGCAGACUCGCACUGCAUGGGACUUCACAUUCAUGCCUUUACAGUCCGCCCACCAAGUGAGAGCACGGGUGUCUGUGGAAACGCCAACUAUUUUGGGCUUUAGCGUACCAAACCGUACCAAACCGUACUGAAUCAAACUGGAGCCCCUGAUGGAAACACUGCUUAAGAGCACAGGUUUGUCUCCUAUGGAGUCACUCAACGCGUUUGAAUCUGAGAUGGAGCCUGAUGGGCAGGGAAACUAUUCUCUGUUUCCUGCUCUGGACAGCAUCGCCAGUCUGUCUGGAGGUGGUGAAACUCUGGAGAGUGAACCACCAAGUGAGAUUGCAGAGAAGCCAAACCUCACAUGGCUUGAUGCUGCACAGAUUGUUCUGGAAGAGGCUGGACGCCCCAUGCACAUAAAGGAAAUCAAACAAAGAAUCAUUGACAGGGGACUUGUUCAGUCCAAUGCAAAAUCAAGUUUAGAGGCUGUAAUGUACCGUGAGACACAAAAAGGCAGCAGGAGAUUCAAGAGGAUUGAGAACAGAAACGGAGUCUUUGCAUUGCUGACUGAUGAGGAGCGGCAGCAGGCGCUGCAGGCCUUCACUGCACAGUCUUUCCUCAGCUCUCCACAUCAAAACACCGGCUCCAGUUCUGGAGCAGGUGCCUCUGGUCCUGCCUUCCCUUCUCCCACCAGUUCCUCAGAGCAUAAGACCAAAAUGAAGCGGGGUCCACGGAAGAACCAGAAUGAAAAGUACCGACUCAAGUACCUUAGACUGCGUAAAGCUGCUCGUGCCAUGAUCUUUGAGAAUGCAGCUCUCUGUGAUGAAGUUGCUCACUUAGAAGAAAAGUUUUUGAGAGCAAAGGAGGAGCGGAGGUUUUUACUGAAGUCACUGCUGCAGUACCAGACUUUCUCUGAAGGAGAGAUACUGCCAACACCCAGCACAAGCUCUCACCCUGCUGUUCCACCAGUGGCAUUAAGUGCAGGUCCUGCUGGGGGUUCAGGCCAAUCUGGGGGACACAACCAUGCAUCAGUGGGCUCAACAGGGGAAGAGGGACCUCUUAAAAAACCAAAGAAGGAAAGGAAAGAGCGAGGCCGGGAAAAUGGAAAAGAGGAAAUUCCAAAAAAGAUGUCGAAGAAGAGAAAGCUCGCAGACGGUUCUCGGAAGCUGGUGCAGCCCAUCCCUCUGGACUCAUGUGGCCGUCCUGUCUUUCCCAUCGUGCUUGGGGGUUUAACCGUCUACAGUCUGGGAGAGAUAAUCACAGACAGAAUGCUGUUCCAUGACGAGUGUGCCAUCUACCCAGUGGGCUUCUGCAGCACACGAGUCUUCGCCAGCAUGAAAAACCCGGACCAGCAGUGCCUCUACACAUGCCAGAUCAAGGACGGAGGAACAGGUCCCCAGUUUGAGAUCGUGCCUGAAGAAGAUCCUCAGAACGCCAUCGUAGCCUCUUCUGCCCUGACGUGCCACUCCAACCUCCUAAAGGCCAUCGCAUCAGUCAGCUCCAGAUCUGUGGCACCAAUCGUACCAUCAGGAGCGGACUUCUUUGGUUUCUCACACCCCACCAUCCAGAAUCUUAUCCAGAGCUGUCCUGGAGCACGCAAAUGUAGCAACUACCGGUGGAUACGUUUUGAAGUGUGCCGCCCCGGAGAUGGCCAGGUUCCUCACAGCCUAUCAGAGGAUGAUGCUUCAGUCAACUUUGAAGCCUACCAGAGACACCAAGGCUUUGAUGAGAACAUCAAGACUGAGCACAUAACAGAUGGCGCAGUCUCCUAGCUCCUCUCAUCAGCAUCACCUCAUGUCCCCCACCAUGAAGCCUUCUGCUUCGUAUUUCAGCCCCUGACAGUCUGCUGAAUUAAAACAUCACAUGAAGGCAACACCCUUUGAACUUUAUUCACUUUUACAGGAUUCAGUGUCUUUCUUUUCCUGUUUUUGUUACAGGAAGUUGAAUCAGUUUUGUUCACUGCAUGUCACCAUCAGGAAGCAUCACAGCAUUAGUGUGGACAUGUGCUACAGCUAACAUUUAUGCUUUUAAACUGGAUGUCGCUGAGCUUGCUUUGUACUCUGUGCCAAAAGCAACAUUAGCCCAACAUAUCUGUGUAAAAAUGCAUUUUUACUUUGUACAUAUAAACAUUAAUGUUUGAC